AUGUCAUUUCAUAUUCAAACACUUUUAGGUGAUUUAUAUGAAAUCAAUUUCAAUUCAUUAUUAUGUAUUCCAAUUUCUUAUCUAUUCUAUGUUUGUGUCACUCUGCUUUAUUGGUCAUUCGUCAGUCAAGGGUUUUUUCGUCUUUCUCGAAUAGUUUAUCCAAAUAUUCAAUAUCUUCAAUCAUUCUUCUUAUAUUUUAUUUUAUUUUUCAUUGAAUUAAUUUUUAGUUCGAUUAUUUUAUGCCCACUUCUUUUUUGGCAUUGCUUGGCCUAUUUUACUAACGAAUAUUAUUGUUCUAUCAAGUUCACAAAUAUUAAUGCUGUGCUUUCGUUUGCGUUUAUCUCUUAUGGAAGUUCACUUUUGUUAUUAUCAUUAAUCUAUUUAAGAAUUGUAAUAUUUCUCCGUCGACAACCAAAAAAUCAGAGUUUAAUCGUUAAACAACGUCAACACAGAGAUUUGGCGGUUUUCCAACGUAUUCUACUGACUGUAGGUUUAUUAGUAAUGAUCGGAAUACCAACAGUAGUCUUUGUAAUAAUAGCACAGACUACAGGUCAAGAUUAUUUUCUUGCUUUUCGUGUUAUUUGGCCAUUUUUUAGCCUAUCGAUGAUGAUGACAGAUAUAUUAUUAGUAAUGUUUUCCCCACAAUUAAAAGUUAUUAUUCGUUCCAAUCGAGUUGUACCUUCACAAACAACAACCGUGAAUUCAAUUGAACAGCAUCAUCGUGCGAAUAUACCUAUGAAUGUAUUUUAA